UCUCUUCAAUCUGCGCCGGGAAGAAGUGCGACGUUGAUUCUCGAUGGGUCAAAAUCGAAAAGGAAAAAAUUAUCCUCGGGUACUGAGAAUGCAGGGGCUUCAAUUACGAUCGGAGGUGAAGCUGGGAAUGAGAAGAAGGCUGGCCUUUAUUGUUGUAACUAUUGCGAUAAAGAUCUGUCUGGUUUGGUUCGUUUCAAAUGUGCUGUUUGUGUGGACUUUGACCUUUGUGUGGAAUGCUUCUCCGUCGGUGCUGAACUUAGUCGUCACAAGAGCAGUCACCCAUAUCGGGUUAUGGACAAUUUGUCUUUUCCGCUUGUUACUUCUGAUUGGAAUGCGGAUGAAGAGAUACUCCUCCUUGAGGCCAUUGCAACAUACGGGUUUGGGAAUUGGAAAGAAGUUGCAAACUAUGUUGGCAGUAAGACAAAGACGGAGUGUAUUGAUCACUUCAAUGCUGCUUACAUGCAGUCACCGUGCUUUCCGCUUCCUGACUUAUCUCAUACAAAUGGAAAGAGCAAAGAGGAGCUUCUUGCCAUGAGUAAAGAGCAUGAGGUGAAAAAAGAAAUACCUGCACUCGAGAAGCUAUCCCCAAAAGAAGAGCUGCCAAUGUCAGUUGAAAUCAAACACGAAGCUUCAGGGAAGGACGACCCAAUGGAUCAACCUUUGCCUGCCUUAGCUGGAGUCAAGAAAAAAGUCAAUGGACCACAGGCUAAGGACAGCAUCAAGUCCGAAGCUGCAAAACAACAAUCUGACAGGAGUGUCGGGGAGAAGAAACCGAGACUUCCUGGAGAGAAAGUUCCAUUAGUAACGGAGUUAUAUGGCUACAAUUUAAAGAGGCAAGAAUUUGAGAUCGAGCAUGACAAUGAUGCUGAGCAACUACUCGCGGACAUGGAAUUUCAGGAUUCUGACACUGAUGCUGAGCGUGAGCAGAAGUUGCAGGUUCUUCAUAUUUACUCGAAAAGGCUUGAUGAGAGGAAGCGGAGGAAAGAAUUCGUUCUGGAAAGAAACUUACUGUACCCUGAUCAAUUUGAGAUGAGCCUUUCAGCAGAGGAGAGACAAUUAUACAAAGGCUGCAAGGUCUUUGCGCGGUUCCACUCCAAAGAAGAGCACAAGGAACUGGUUAAAAAAGUAAUUGAGGAGCACCGGAUUCUCAGAAGAAUCAAGGAUCUUCAGGAAGCAAGAGCUGCUGGUUGUAGGAAAACUACAGAAGCAAGUAGAUUUAUAGAAGAGAAGAGAAAGAAGGAAGCUGAAGAGAGUUUGGUGCGACUAAACCACGGUACACCAGGCAGUAUAGCCAGUAAAUCACUGAAAAGUCCAAGAGGGUUACCCAGAAAUAUACAGCCCUUUGGUUCUGUCUCGCUGUCAAAGGUCACACUUCCAAUCUCAGUGGACAAUUGGGAUGUCAGUGGUCUCCUUGGGGCGGACUUACUCUCGGAGACCGAAAAAAAGAUGUGCAACGAGACCAGAAUACUUCCUGCACACUAUUUCAAAAUGCUGGAAACCUUAACAAGCGAGAUAAAGAAAGGGCAGAUAAAGAAAAAGGCUGACGCUUAUAGUUUCUUCAAAGUAGAGCCGAGUAAAGUAGACAGAGUAUAUGAUUUACUGAUUCAGAAGGGAAUAGGCGAGACCACAUGA